GUCUAAGAGAUUGUGAAGACUUUGAGUGUCUGGCAGAGAGAAGAGGGCUCAGGUGCCCUGGAGCUCCGUGUCUGUGUGGUGUUCGACUGCAAACGCUACCGGUGGGGUGUACGCACGGCACAGAGCUGAGCGCCUGGUGGCCGCCCCAGUGACGAGUGUCCAGGUGGAAGUCCUGGGUGAAACACAGGAGCCUGGAGGAGCGGCGCCUGGAGGCACAGCUAGGCGUACUGUGUUCAGCGCAUUAUGCCUACUAACCCCGAAACUUAUCUGCAUAAGUUGGGGGCUGCCAGCAGCAGGUGCCCCUCUCCGCGCCGCCGAGCAGCCCCAGGCGACGACGGCCGGGCGGGGGCGGUCCCGAGGCGGUGCCUGGGUUCGGCUCGGUGCGGACAGCUGCGGGAUUGUGCGGCGCGGUGCUGGGCUUUAACCCGUCGGCGGGUUCUCCAUGGAGAACAUGGAGCAGAGCUUCAACGAGCGGGAGGCGAUCGGGUGGAUGCGGGAGAACUGGUAUAAUACCUUCCUUUUUUCUGUAGCUUAUGUGAUUCUGAUCUUUGGAAUCCAAUAUUUAAUGAAGGAGAGGAGAGGCUACAAUCUGCGCAUGCCGCUGGCCCUCUGGUCCCUGGUGCUGGCCUUGUUCAGUGCCUUUGGGACCUAUCGCACCUGGAAGCACAUGGUCUUCAUGCUGACUACUGUGGGAUUUAAACAGUCAGUGUGCAAUCAGCUCUUUUAUGUCGACCCCGUCUGCAAGCUUUGGGUCUAUUUAUUUACACUGAGCAAAGUCCUGGAACUGGGUGACACCGUGUUCAUUGUUCUCCGGAAACAGAAGCUCAUAUUCCUCCACUGGUAUCACCACAUUCUCACGCUCAUCUAUACCUGGUACUGCUACAAGGAGAUGUUGUCAGGUGGCGGCUGGUUCAUCACCCUAAACCUCACUAUCCAUACAGUCAUGUACUUCUACUACACCGUGCGAGCAGUGGGCUUUCGGUUACCCCGCUGGAUUGCCAUGGCAGUCACCUUUUCACAGAUUCUGCAGAUGGCCAUAGGUGUAAUACUGUCCAUCUUGCUUAUCUUCUGGAAGGAGGAUGAGGACUGCCUUUGCACUUGGCCUGACAUUUCCUUUUCAUUGCUAAUGUACCUCAGUUAUUUGGUGCUCUUCUGUAACUUCUUCUCCAAGUCUUACCUGACGAGCGCUCAGAAACUGAAGGGAGAAUAAAACUGCGGAGGGAGGAGGAGGCUGGGAAGGGGGAGGCAGGUGAGGGAAAGGGGAACUUUUCAUUUCUGGGUGGAGCUCAGGCACCCGAUGAGAUAUGGGGUGAUGAGGAUGUGGAUGAAAGCCUUCAGGUUAACUCGUGCAUUGGCCUUUAGCAUGUCUCCCUCCCAAUGGGGACUUGCCAGAGUGAGGCAUGGGUUGCCAUGUGCAAUGCAAGGAGGAGGGAGGCAGUCAGAGCUGGAGAUUCCUUUGGUCCAGCUCCUGGCCCAUAUGAUGCUGCCUAGUUUUGGGCUCACUCUGCCAAAGUAGAGAGGGAAGGAGCCAUGCUCUGGCUCAUCUGCUGUCUUUCUUGGUUCUGCUGGUGAUGAAGACCCCUCUCUGCUGAUACAAGGAAAGCAAUGAGUGGCAGCAAGUCUUCUUUCCACAACUGUUUGCAGAGCACAGAACGUACAACUGAGAAGCAACACAGACCUCUGAGCUGAGCCCAAGCAUUUAGCCUAGCCCAAUCUGCCGUAAAUGCUUGGCAUGCUGACACAGGUUCAAACAUCACCUCCUAUAAGGCUACACCUACAGUCACACAGUGAAUCACACAAAUGUCAGUGGCUAUUACCAUGAGAGCACUGAGCAGGCUGACUGGGACAGCUGCUGCCUGGGCUCUGAGUGAGACCAGGUGUUCCUGUGGACCCUGCCAAGGGACAGACCUGUGGGUGGGAGGCAGAAGGGUCUGAGAACUCCUCUCUGGGUGUACUGGAAAUGGCAAUGGUGAUGCCUGAAAAUGACUAAAAUAAACGCUGUUGUGUGCGGG